CAAUAAAUCUUUAAAUUUGUAAACCGUUUUUAAUUAUUUGUUGAGAGCUUAAGCGAUGUAAACCUGAGGUGUUUUUUUUUAGGUUCAGGCCCAGGUGCAGUCCAGUCAGAACGCUUGGCAAACGGACAAGAAUUUAACGUCGUAUUUCGUGCGGCAGCACAUCUUAGUAAGGUAAUUGUCGAAAGGAAAAAUGGCCACAGAUAGGUAUGACAUUGUCAUCUUCGGCGCAUCUGGUUUCACCGGGCAAUUCGUUGUCGAGGAAGUUGCCCGAAUAGCAGACGAAGAGCGAGGUCUGACGUGGGCUAUCGCCGGCAGGGCCAUGGGUAAAAUGCAGAAAGUUCUGGAACAAGCAUCUAAAAAGACAGGUAAAGAGCUUGACUCCAUCCCAGUCCUGAUAGCCGACACAACCAGCGAGUCAUCAAUGGUGGAGAUGUGUAAACAGGCCAAGGUCAUACUCAACUGUGUGGGCCCAUACCGUUUUCAUGGUGAGAUGAUGGUAAAAGCUGCUAUAGAGGGAGGAGCUAGUCAUUUGGACAUCAGUGGAGAACCACAGUUCCUGGAGAACAUGCAGCUCAAGUAUCACAACAGGGCUAAAGAGAGUGGCGUGUACAUUAUAGGGGCCUGUGGCUUUGACAGUAUUCCUGCAGAGAUGGGUGUGGUCUUCGUCAACAAACAGUUCACUGGUGAGGUGAAUUCUGUGGAGAGCUAUCUGGAGAUAAUGGCGGGACCCGAAGGAGUCACAGGUAACACGGGGACGUUGGAAUCAGCCAUCCAUGGUAUUGCUCAUGCCGGUGAACUGAAAUCUCUCCGCAAAUCUCUGUUUCCAGAAUCGUUACCUCGAUUUAAAAACCGGUUGGCCAAAAGAGGACCUGUAUUUACGAGUGAGGUGGUGGGAAAGUAUUGUGUGGACUUCUUGGGCAGUGACAAGUCAGUGGUGUACCGGUCACAGCGCUACAAACACGACGUCCGAAAACAGAGGCCGAUACAAUUCAUCCCCUACCUUGUGAGGAAUGGCAUAGCUAGUGUGAUUGGAACCAUCUUCUUUGGUCUCAUGUUCUUUAUCAUGUGCAGUUUCCGUCUUGGGCAGAAUUUACUCAUGAAGUAUCCAUCAUUUUUCACAGCUGGAUUUUUCAAGAAAGGAGGUCCAACAAAAUCUCAGAUUGAAGAUGGUAGCUUUAAGAUGACAUUUGUGGCCAAAGGAUGGAGCAAAAAACUGGAGGAUCCAUUGGCUGACCCGGAGGAAAAACCUGAUACUGUACUUACUGCCAAGAUCGCAGGCCCAGAGAUUGGAUAUGUAACCACCCCAAUUUGUAUGGUGCAGGCUGCUCUAGUGGUUCUCAAGGAGGCUGAUAAACUACCCCAAGAUGGUGGUGUGUAUCCCCCAGGAGCAGCCUUCAUGGAUACCACUCUGAUAGAGAGACUCAACAAUCACAAUGUCACCUUCACAGAGGUCAAGGCCUAGACCCAAGGUCACCACUAACGAUAGUCAGUGCUACGUACGAGUUGGCUCAGUGACUGCUGCUCUAUACCGAGAGAUGGAUACCAUGACAAAUUUCAAACCUGUGAUUGUGUAUUAUAUGUUUCUGGUAGGGGUGAAGGUGCAAGCGAAACAUGAUUUUUGUGGUUGACUGAGGGUUCAAGUAUUAUUUAAAAUACAAUAAAUUCAUGGAGAAAAGAACAAGGCUAGUGUGACACAAAUGUUUAAGUUAUAUUUGCUGUACAUAAGUAACUGCAAUAUUAGUUCACUAAAUGAAGCUUUGUUCUGUCAGUGGAUAUUGUACUGCUUUCAAGGUUUAAGUAGAAUUUACACUUUCUUUUUACAUUUUUGCUUUGCUUCUAUCUUUUUACUUUCAAAUUAUGAUAUUUUCUUGCUGAUAUCUGGAUAACAUUGCAAACUUACUUCUCUGGUUGAUAUCUAUGUAGAAUGGCAUCAAUAAUUAUCUCAAAUUUAUUUUAAUGGCAUUUUGUUUAAUGUACUUUCUAUGACUGCUGGUUCAUUAUUAAGUCAUCUGAAUAGUCCAUGAACUGAACUUGAGAUCCUAGCCAUCGUGUUAAUUUUUAGACCUAUGGACUGCUGAUGGUGUCCUAGCCAGUGUACAUGGACCAGUGAACUACAAUGUAUACAUGGUAUCCUAGCCAGUGUUCAUGGACCAAUGAACUAGUGUAUAAAUUGUAUCCUAGCCAGUGUUUGUGGACCCAUGAACUACAAUGUAUGCAUGGUAUCAUAGCCAGUGUUCAUGGACCAAUAAACUAUACAUGGCAUCCUAGCCAGUGUUCAUGGACCCAUGAACUACAAUGUAUACAUGGUAUCCUAGCCAGUAUCCAUGGACCAAUGAACUAUAAAUGGUAUCCUAUCCAGUGCUGAUGGAUCCAUGAACAAAUACAUGACAUCCUAGCCAGUGUUCAUGGACUAUACACAUCAGUUUAUAGGCCCAUGAACUGUACAUGAUAUUCUUACUCUUUUGGUUCAGUUGUAAUAGGAUUUAAACAAUCUGGCAUUUAACUAAAUAGAACAAACCAUUGAUUUUGUAAUCAUGAUCUAUCCGAUCAAAGAUUUGUGCAUAUCAUAUACAUGUAAUAUUUUAUAGCAAAGUCAUACUUGGUAUUUAUUCCCUUAAUGUUGGUGAAGAGUUUACUCUACAAAGUAUAAUUCCAUUUAUAAAGACCAACUCAAGUAUAUUAUGAACAAUUCUAUAUUUUAAUAACUUAAUAUUUAUUAUGAAAUUUAUUCCUAGAUUGUAUGGGUUUUAUACAAUGAAAACAAAUUUGACAGGUUUUUUCUUUAAAAAUAUGGAAUUUGUGUCAAAGUUAUUUUGCACUAUGACAACAUAAUGUAGAACCAAAUUUGUACAAUGUGAAAAAUAAAUGUGCUUAAGUUAAUGAUGAGGGCCUGAAAGUGCUUAAACCCCCUUCACUCUUUAGUCCUGGAAAAGUGCUUCUGCAUAUUUUUGUUGUAACAGGUACAUGUAUUGGAUUUAAUAUAAAUAUGAGAGAAAAUUUACUCCUGUAUGGAAACAUGAAAUUUUGUGCCUGGGGGAGCGAUUACUGACAGUUAUCAAAACAAAUACUGGUAGUAUAGCAUAAUCCAAAAGUCUUACAUAAUUCAGUGUUUGGAAAUUUAAAACACCUCCUUGAAGAUAGCCAAAUAUCUGUAGGAAAAUUUUAAAAAGAUUCCUUCUCUCUUAUGCACAAUACCUAGCAUGUGUGUGAUAUAAUUAUGUUGUACUGCUUAUAGUUUAACUAUGGCAUUUCAUGGGUUAGUUUUAUUGGUCAAGACUUAAGACCAAUAGCAUUGUUUGUGUGCUUCUGGUUGUUGCCAAAGGCUGCAAUUUCAUAGACUCUCUUAUGCACAUAACAUUAUAUUUAUACAUGUACAUGUUAUUGUAGAAAUGUAUGGCAAAUAAAACUAUAUUUCAUA